AUGUCAUCUGAGAAAGAGGCUCAGAAGAAUGAUUUCUUAGGCAGAAAGAUAUACUCCUCGCUUACUCUGGGAAUUCAAGUUGCUAAUUAUCAGCCCAUCACGGCUAGAUACCAGAACUUAUGGAUCUGGAUGUUUCUCUUCAUGAUCUUCUCUUUGAGGAGCAGGGAUGGUACUAGACAGGAGGAAGUGGAAGGUGAACUUAGUGAAGAAGAACACUGGUUUGGAAACUCUUCAGAGACCCCAUCGGAAGCAUCAUAUGGAGAAGUCCAGGAAAACUUCAAGUUAUCUCUUGAGGAUAGAAUCCAGGCGCAGUCCACUUCUCCGGAUACUUCUCUGGGAAGUGCAACUCCUAGCAGCAACACGCUGGAGCUGAUAGCUAUUGAAAAUGAGGCUUUAAGAGAGACAUUACAGAGCAAAGAACACCUUUCUCCUGAUGUGUCAUCUUUGUGUGAAGAUGAAUCUCCUGGCCCAAAUAAGCCACUGAGCAGUAACCUGAGAAGGCUUCUGGAGGCCGGUUCUCUCAAGCUGGACACUGCUGUUACAGUCAAUGGCAAGGUCGAGUCCCCUGUAAAUGUUGGUUCAAAUCUCUCCUUUUCUCCACCUUCUCAUCAUGCCCAGCAGCUAAGUGUUCUUGCCAGAAAGCUUGCUGAGAAACAGGAACAAAAUGACCAAUACAAUGCAAGUAAUCGGUUUAUAUGGAAUCAAGGUAAGUGGUUGCCAAACUCAACCACCACCUGUGGUUUGUCCCCAGAUUCAGCUAUCCUGAAAUUGAAAGCCGCAGCCAAUGCAGUUCUUCAGGACAAAUCACUUUCAAGGACUGAAGAUACUAUAAGAUUUGAAUCCUUUUCUUCACCUUUUAAUUCUCAGUCUGCCAGCUCAACCUUAGCAGCUUUAUCAAAGAAAGUUAGUGAAAGAAGCAUGACUCCUGGGCAGGACCACCCACCUCCAGCCAGUUCUUUCCUUUCCCUGGCCUCAAUGACCUCCUCAGCUGCCCUACUCAAGGAGGUGGCUGCAAGGGCUGCAGGCAGCCUGUUGGCUGAGAAGAAAAAGUCACUAGUUGCAGAGGAUCCCCUGCAGAUUUCAGAGAUGAAGCAAGAGAAAGUAACUCCACCACAGUCUUUGGAAUUAUUGCUACUUCCAGUCCCUAAAGGAAGAAUUUCUAAGCCCACUAAUACAGCCUCAGAAGAAGAAGGAGGAAAACCUUUUCAGUGUCCAAUCUGUGGGUUGGUUAUAAAGAGGAAGAGUUACUGGAAACGACACAUGGUGAUUCAUACAGGUUUAAAAAGUCAUCAGUGCCCACUCUGUCCAUUUCGCUGUGCACGCAAGGACAAUCUCAAAUCACACAUGAAGGUUCAUCAGCACCAAGACAGGGGAGAAACCUUCCAAUGCCAGCUAUGCCCUUUCACUUCUUCACGCCACUUCAGCCUGAAACUCCACAUGCGUUGCCAUCAGCACUUCCUCAGGACAGAAGCGAAAGUGAAAGAGGAAAUCCCAGAAACUGAAGUCAAGGGGUCGCCACAGCUAAAUAAUGAUUCCUGCCCUGGGCAACAGAGGGAAAGAGGAUCUGAGCUUACAGGGACAGCAUCUGUGUCUAAAACACUUGAGGUGGCUGGGCAGGCCAGUGCUGGUGUCCCACCUUUAGUAGUAAAGGAAGAACCCAAAGAUGACAACAGCAUCUCAGCUACAUCCUUUGCUUUCAGCACUGUUGACAGAGCCAUGAACAACACAAAGCUGAAAGACUCCUCUGACUAUGUGGCCAAUACAGCCUCAGCACUAUUCAGCCAGGACAUCUCUGUCAAGAUGGCAUCAGAUUUUCUCAUGAAGCUGUCAGCUGCAAAUCAAAAAGAGCCCUUGACUGCUACAUUUAAAGUGAAAGACGAGCCUCGGGAUGAAGAAGCUGCAAGCUCAACCUUGUCUCAGUCCAGCUAUAUGUUCAACCAGGGACCCGAAGCCUCAGCCCCAAGCAUCCCUGAGGAGACUGUCAAGCCACAGGAAGUGCAGACAAAUGUGUUAAGGCAGGACAUGUCCGUCAAGGCAGCAUCUGAGCUCCUCAUGAAGCUAUCAGCUGAAAGUUACAAGGAAACCCAGAUGGUAAAGAUUAAAGAAGAACCAAUGGAAGUUGACAUUCAUGAGUCCCAGCCCUCAAUUUCACCCAGCCAGACUGUUGGUUACAGCACUUUAUUAGGGAGAGAGAUUACUGAACACAUACAAAAGGUACCAGAGGGCCGAGUGCUCCCGGAGAGAAACCUCUUCAGCCAGGAUAUAUCAGUGAAGAUGGCUUCAGAGCUGCUCUUCCAACUGUCAGAAAAGGUGAGCAAAGAGCACAAUCACACUAAAGAUAACACCAUCAGAACCACAACCAGCCCUUUCUUUUCUGAAGAUACAUUUAGACAAUCGCCAUUCACUUCCAACUCAAAAGAUCUCCUGCCCAAUGAAACUGCUCUUCAUGGAAGGAUAUCAGCACCAGACACAGAAAGGAUAGGGCUGGAUGCAGGAAACGGAUUGCCAUCUUGGAAAUUUAAUGACCAGCUCUUUCCCUGUGACGUGUGUGGAAAAGUGUUUGGCCGACAGCAGACAUUGUCCCGACAUCUCUCACUGCACACAGAAGAGAGAAAAUACAAAUGCCAUUUGUGCCCCUAUGCUGCUAAGUGCCGUGCUAAUCUGAACCAGCACCUGACUGUCCAUUCUGUGAAGUUAGUGAGUACAGACACUGAGGACAUUGUCAGCGCUGUCACUUCUGAAGGCAGUGGAAAGAAGCACCCUUAUUAUUACAGCUGUCACGUAUGUGGAUUUGAGACAGAGAUGAAUGUCCAGUUUGUCAGUCAUAUGUCCCUUCACGUGGAUAAAGAGCAGUGGAUGUUUUCUAUUUGCUGCACAGCCUGCGAUUUUGUCACCAUGGAAGAGUCAGAUAUGAAGGCUCAUGUCAGCACCAAGCACACAGGUGAAGAGCGGAAGACACCCAGUGAAUCAAACAGCCCUUCUUCAUCUUCUCUGUCAGCACUUAGUGAUUCUGCCAAUAGCAAAGAAGAUGCAGAUGUUACCCAAAAAAACAAGGGUUCAAACAACCUACUAGUAAUUUCCGUAGUGCCUGGUAGCCAGACCUUAUUGAACACUGAAGAGAAAUCAGAGAAAGGUUUUGAAUGUGUUUUCUGUAACUUUGUCUGCAAAACAAAAAACAUGUUUGAGCGCCAUUUGCAAAUCCACCUGAUUACACGGAUGUUUGAGUGUGACGUGUGCCAUAAGUUCAUGAAGACACCUGAGCAAUUAUUGGAGCACAAGAAAUGCCACACUGUCCCCACCGGUGGGCUCAAGUGCCCAUUCUGCAUUUACUCCACAAAUCGCCCUGCAGCAAUGGAAUGCCACCUGAAGACCCACUACAAGAUGGAGUACAAGUGUCGGAUCUGCCAGAUAGUGAAAGCAAAUCAGCUGGAGCUAGAAAUGCACAUCCGGGAACAUCGUCUUGGUAACCAUUACAAAUGUGACCAGUGUGGCUAUCUUUCAAAGACAGCCAACAAGCUGAUAGAGCAUGUGCGUGUCCACACUGGGGAGCGCCCUUUUCACUGUGACCAGUGUAGCUACAGCUGCAAACGCAAAGACAAUCUCAACUUACACAAGAAACUGAAGCAUGCUCCACGCCAGACUUUCAGCUGUGAUGAGUGCCUGUUCAAGACCACCCACCCUUUUGUCUUCAGCCGCCACGUGAAGAAGCACCAGAAUGGGGACUGCCCCGAAGAAGAGAAGAAGGGCCAGUAUUCAACCUCUAAGCAAGCCAGCCCUCUCCUAACAGUCAAUAGCUCCAGGAACCUCUUGUCACCCCUCUCAGUCAUGUCUGCCUCCCAGGCUCUGCAAACGGUGGCCAUGUCAGCUGCACACAGCAGUGGAGCAGAGCCAAACUUGGGAGUGAAGGCCUUGGCCAUAAAUGGCACCUCUUUGUGCUUUGAUAAAUACUGGAACUCUGAUUUUGCCCAUCUCAUUCCCUUAACAAUGUUUUUCCCCAAGAACCACUUUGAUCUCACAUUUCAUCCACCCAGACCUCAGACUGCACCUCUAGGUGGCACCUCACCUAAACACUCCUUCCUCGCCUACCUUGGACUAACAGAAAGGGCAGAAACUGUCUGA